AUGGUGGGCGGCAGCAUAGGGGAAGACAUGGAGCCCAGCACACUCUCUGAGGAAGGAGAACAGAAUGAACAGGGUGUAUGGAAGAUAGUCCGCCAUGUCUUCAGGUUCAUACAGAAGAUCCUGGCGAUCAUUUCCAUUCUCUUCAUUGUAUUAUCAACAAUUGCCUUGUCACUGAAUACACUUCCGGAACUACAAGGUCUCGAUGAAUUCGGACAGUCAACCGACAACCCUCAGCUGGCGCACGUGGAAGCCGUCUGCAUCGCCUGGUUCACCAUGGAAUACCUCCUGAGAUUCUUAUCUUCACCCAACAAAUGGAAAUUUUUUAAGGGGCCACUUAAUGUCAUUGACCUGUUAGCCAUCCUCCCAUAUUACGUCACCAUAUUCCUAACAGAGUCCAACAAAAGUGUACUUCAGUUCCAGAACGUCCGGAGGGUGGUGCAGAUUUUCCGCAUCAUGAGGAUACUGCGGAUCCUGAAGCUGGCGCGGCACUCCACCGGACUGCAGUCUUUGGGUUUCACCUUACGGAGGAGUUACAACGAACUUGGCCUGCUCAUCCUCUUCUUGGCUAUGGGUAUCAUGAUUUUCUCCAGCCUGGUGUUCUUUGCCGAAAAGGACGAAGAUGAUACAAAAUUCAAAAGCAUUCCGGCCUCUUUUUGGUGGGCGACCAUUACCAUGACCACGGUGGGCUACGGGGACAUCUACCCUAAAACCUUGCUGGGGAAAAUUGUCGGCGGGUUGUGUUGUAUUGCGGGAGUGCUGGUGAUCGCUCUUCCCAUUCCCAUCAUUGUCAAUAACUUUUCAGAGUUCUACAAGGAACAAAAGAGGCAGGAAAAGGCCAUCAAGCGCAGAGAAGCUCUCGAGAGAGCCAAACGAAAUGGUAGCAUUGUGUCCAUGAACAUGAAAGAUGCCUUCGCCCGCAGCAUAGAGCUGAUGGACGUAGUGGUUGAGAAGACCGAAGACACAAGGAAAGAGAAACUUCAGGAUAACCACUUAUCACCCACCAAAUGGAAAUGGACGAAAAGGACUCUAUCAGAGACGAGUUCUAACAAGUCCUUCGACACAAAAGAACAAGGUUCUCCGGAGAAGAGCAGGUCCUGCUCAAGUCCCCAAAACCUUAAUGUCCAACAGUUGGAGGAUAUUUACAAUAAAAUGGCGAAGACGCAGUCUCAGCCUAUUCUUAACACAAAAGAAGCCAAUCAGUUGGUUAAACAGACAGAGGAGCUGGAGAUGGCCACCAUCCCUUGCCCAGCUGUCCCUCUGUUGACCACACAUAAGGAGGGGAUCAUCGAUAUGAGAAGUAUGUCCAGCAUAGACAGCUUCAUUAGCUGCACAGCAGAAUUCCCGGAAGUGAUUAGGUUCUCGCACAGUCCCCUGGCGGCCCUACCAUAUAAAACUGGUAUCAAUACGGGGCAGGAUUCGGUGGGCGGCCCUGAAAGAUUCUUGAACUUAGACAUCAGUGGAGAAAGCUUUAGUGAAAUUAGUCCUAAAACUGAAAGAAAUCGUCACACUGCGUACAUUUUGGAAAGUCCAAAAAGUUUAAUGAAAGUUAGGAACCCGUUGCUGCUGAGGUCCCUCAAAGUCAACUUUCGAGAAGGUGACACAAGGACACUGGUGCCUGCACCAAACAUCACAAGCUCAUCAGAUCAUAGGCAAAGCCAUUCCAAGUUAGACGGUUCCUUCUUUUCUGAUCAGUCAGUCCGUAGUCCGGAGACAUCUCUGUACACAACGGCCAGCACUAGAACCCCUUCCAGGUCACCAGAGAAACGCAUGGCAAUCGCGUUCACCUUUCACGAUGCCAACGUACACAAGUAUAUCGAUGCUGACACCGAUGACGAGGGGCAGCUUCUGGAUGGCCUGGAUUCUUGCCCCUCCAAAGAGCUGCUGGGGACUAUGAGUCCAAAAUACAAUAUCACAAAUAGUGUUCAUCGAAAACAAAGACAGAGCAUCCAUCGAACAGAAAAAAACCACUUAGAGGGUGGUGCAUUAUCCAGUUCCUCCAGGUACUUAGGACAAAACUGCGUUUAUUCCACAGAUGGGAUUACUGGAAGCAGUCGAGAACCCGUCAAGAUAGAUAACCACAUCUCCCCGGAGGUCCAAGUUCUGCCAGGCGGGGGUGGGCACUCUAUCACACGCGACCAACGAAACUGACGUGUUAAGACACUGUGAGGAACGAGAUGCUCAUAUGUGCACAUUGAGCUUAUGCAUGGCAUUGAUAACUAGCAUCCUCUCCCAUUAGUGUCAGGGAGAGACGGGAGGAAGCCUCGGGGCCACGUCUCCUCUCAACUGGACCGAGCUAGGAGUGUCACCGAGCACUCAGAUAGGAAACUGCGGUGACUCCAUCUCCUAAUAAAAACUUCUUUCUUGAAAGCCAUUGUGACCAAAUAUCCCCCUAAAGACAAUGAACGGCUUUUUAUUUGAUUGUAUACAAACUUUGACUGCUUUGAGGUGCAGGUAAGAGGGGAAA